AGAAGAAGCUGCUGAUAGGUACCCAGAAUCCAUUGCAACAUAAUGGCGGACAACAGGGAGAAGGUGCUACAAGAUUAUCGUAAAAAAUUGCUUGAACAUAAAGAAGUUGACGGGCGGUUAAAGGAAUUGAGAGAACAACUUCGAGAACAAACUAAACAGUAUGAGAAGUCAGAGAACGACCUCAAAGCUCUGCAGAGUGUUGGCCAGAUUGUUGGGGAAGUCCUCAAACAGCUGACAGAAGAAAAAUUCAUCGUCAAAGCCACAAAUGGUCCUCGAUAUGUGGUUGGUUGCCGCAGACAGUUGGACAAGUCACAACUGAAGCCAGGCACCAGAGUGGCUUUGGAUAUGACUACGCUGACUAUAAUGAGGUAUCUUCCACGAGAGGUGGACCCUCUGGUGUACAACAUGUCCCACGAGGACCCCGGUAGCGUCUCCUACUCUGAAAUCGGUGGAUUGUCGGAACAGAUUCGUGAGCUGAGAGAGGUGAUUGAGCUGCCCCUGACCAACCCUGAGCUUUUCCAGAGAGUUGGAAUCAUCCCGCCGAAAGGCUGCCUGCUCUAUGGGCCUCCAGGUACUGGGAAGACUCUUCUUGCCAGGGCGGUUGCAAGUCAGCUGGACUGUAACUUCCUCAAGGUGGUGUCCAGCUCCAUCGUUGACAAAUACAUCGGUGAGAGCGCCAGGCUCAUCAGAGAGAUGUUCAACUAUGCCAGGGACCAUCAGCCUUGCAUUAUCUUCAUGGAUGAGAUUGAUGCCAUAGGUGGUCGGCGUUUCUCUGAGGGAACCUCUGCUGACAGAGAGAUCCAAAGGACUUUGAUGGAGCUGCUCAACCAGAUGGACGGCUUUGACACACUUCACAGAGUCAAGAUGAUCAUGGCAACCAACAGACCUGACACUCUGGACCCAGCCCUGCUGCGACCCGGCCGACUUGACCGCAAAAUCCAUAUCGAGCUGCCCAAUGAACAGGCUCGUCUGGAUAUCCUCAAAAUCCACUCCAGUCCCAUCACCAAGCAUGGAGAAAUAGAUUAUGAAGCCAUUGUGAAGCUGUCAGAUGGUUUCAACGGAGCUGAUUUACGAAAUGUUUGCACGGAAGCAGGUUUGUUUGCCAUCCGCUCCGACAGAGAAUACGUCACCCAAGAGGACUUCAUGAAAGCGGUGCGAAAGGUGGCUGAUUCAAAGAAGCUGGAGUCCAAGCUGGACUACAAGCCUGUAUAGAUCUUGAGCUUUUCAUUAUUACAAUUUCAUUCAUUUGGUGUUGUAUGCAUAUGGCCAGAAGAAAAAUGUAUUCAUGUUUGUGGGUGCAGCAAUUUGGAUAGUCUGUCAUCUACCAAAGUGACUUUUACUUGUUUAGUGGGCCCGGUACUGAAACUGGUCACAUCUGGUGUCCCACGCAACAGUUGUAUAAAACAAAUGGGGAAAAAAAAAAGACCUUCAUAUAUGGCAAUAAACCGUUCUGUUUAAAGCUC